AUGCAUGCAAACAAGAGUUCUGCGGUACUAAGCAAGAAGGAUGCCGGCGGCGAGGAGGACAUCACCGUCGACCUGCAUCCAUUCAUCCGCGAAUACAAGGGCGGCCGUGUCGAGCGCUUCCUGAGCAGCUCAUACGUGGAAGCGUCGGAGGACGCGGCUGCCAACCGUGGCGUCGCGACCAAGGACGUGGUCGUCCACGAGAGCACCGGCGUGUCCGCACGCCUGUUUCUUCCGGCCGCCGCCGCAGCAACCGGCGACAGGCUCCCCGUCAUCUUGUACGUGCACGGAGGAUCCUUCUGCACGGAGAGCGCAUUCUGCCGCACGUACCACAACUACGUCAGGUCUCUGGCGGCUCGCGCCGGGGCGCUCGUCGUGUCCGUGGAGUACCGUCUCGCGCCGGAGCAUCCUGUGCCGGCGGCCUACGACGAUGCAUGGGCGGCGCUCCAGUGGGUGGCGUCCCUAUCCGAUCCCUGGCUUUCCGACCACGCCGACCUCGGGCGCACGUUCCUCGCCGGCGACAGCGCUGGCGGCAACAUCGUCUACAACACGGCCGUGCGUGCUGCUAGAGGUGGUGGCACUGGCGAUCACAUCGGCGUGGAGGGGCUUGUCAUCGUGCACCCAUACUUUUGGGGCGUCGAGCGGCUGUCCAGCUCCGAGCUAGUCUGGGACGGCGUUGCCAUGUUUACGCCGGAGCUCAUCGACAGGCUCUGGCCGUUCGUUACGGCGGGCCGUCUCGACAAGAAUGAUCCCCGGGUCAACCCUCUCGACGAGGAGAUCACCUCGCUGACAUGCCAGCGUAUGCUGGUUGCCGUCGCCGAGAAGGACACCUUGCGCGACCGCGGGCGCUGGCUGGCGGCUCGCAUGCGCGAGUGCUGCGCGUGGGCCGAUGAUGAUGAGAAGGCGGUAACACUGGUGGAGUCGGAGGGCGAAGACCAUGGCUUCCACCUGUACAACCCACUGCGUGCGACGAGCAAGGUACUCAUGGAGAGCAUAGUGCAGUUCAUCAACCAGCGCACGGCCUUGCCAUUGCCGGCCGCUCUGCUGCCGGAGCCGUACGAGCUGCAUGCAUGCGGUGGCAUGAAGAUGGACCCAUGCUGCUUGCCUAUUCUGGGCGUGCCUGCUCGGCCGUACAUGGACGUGUUUGGUUAUGGGAUGGCCAUGAAAGCGGAGUUCCUGGCGGAGCUCCAGGCCAAAGUCACCACGGUGACCGCUGCCGCGCUCACGGUCCUGGUGGGUGGAGAUUUCAACCUUAUCAGAUCGGGAGCCGAUAAGAACAACAACAACAUAAACUGGCCUAGGGUGGCUAUGUUUAACUCCGCCAUUGCUUCCAUGGCCCUAAGGGAGGUGGCCAGGUCGGGCACGAGAUUCACUUGGACUAACAAACAACUUGAUCCGGUGCGAUCAGUGCUGGACAGGGUGUUCAUGUCGCCGGAGUGGGAAAUGGGUUUCCCUCUCUGUACAUUGGUCGCGGAGACGCGCAUAGGCUCUGACCAUGUACCGCUCAUAUAUUCCUCGGGGGAGGAGAGGAUACGGCGUAGCUCUCGCUUCUUCUUCGAAACAGCCUGGUUUGAAGUACCAGGCUUCGAGGAGAUUUUCAGGGAGAAAUGGCGGGUGUGUGUUGAUUCGUUAGGUCCCCAGAGGGGCCCGAUGGAGUUUUGGAAUGCGGUUGGGGGUCGGCUCAGGGCUAGCCUCAAGGGAUGGGGCGCAAACCUUGGGAGGAGUGACAAAGAGCACCGCGCUGUGAUCCUUGCGGAUAUCGCAUGGAUUGAUGCGAUGGCCGACGCUCGGGCCAUUUUGGAGCAGGAAUGGGCUCAUCGCUACGAUCUGGAGGGCCAGGUCGAAGCUUCACUUCGCGCGGAGGAAGAAUACUGGCGUAGACGAAGUGGUCUGAAAUGGAUUCUGAAGGGCGACGCCAAUACUAAGUAUUUCCAAGCUUAUGCUAACGGGCGCCAUCGAAAGUGCUCCAUUCUCAGGUUGCAAUCAGAGCAGGGGCUUCUGUUGUGA